AUGCCCGCCCUUCCACCUGGCUCACUCAUAGUCGUCGUUGGCAUUACUGGCUAUAUCGCAUGUUAUGCCGGCCUUGAAGCGCUCCGGGCUGGAUUCCGAAUUCGAGGAACUGUUCGUGAUACCCAGAGGGCUGCAGCGCUCCGCGUUGCUUACGAAAAAUUCGGCGUCGAUGCAUCCCCUGAGAACCUCGAGCUCGUGACGUUUGACGAUCUGGGCAGCGAAGCACAACUUGAGGUCGCUUUCGCGGAUGCCGACGGAGUUAUCAACUUGACGAUGCCGGAGUUCGAUAGCGAAGAUGACUACGUCAGCAGAAUGAUUGACGGCAUGAUGCUACCUCUUCGAGUGGCGGCGAGGGUGCCAAGCAUCAAACGUUACGUGAUGACUUCCACCUUGGCGGCAGCCGAUCCGCAAUUAGUAGGUGGUGCACCGACCGCCGAGCCGAUAACCGAACAUGCUUGGAACGACGAAGCAGUUCAGCUGUACAACACCUUGAGGGCAGCAGGAGAGAAGAACCAAUGGGUUGAAUAUUGCGCAGGAAAGACGCUUGGAGAGAAAGCAGCCUGGGAGUUCAUCGAGAAAAACAAGCCCACUUGGGACCUAGUCACAAUUUUUCCUGCAUGUACAUGGGGCCCAGUGAUGUUUGGUCCAGCCAGGACAACCGCCCAGAUUCUCGCAGGACUCUUGGAAGGGGAUCCCACGCUUUGUUACAUGCGGCCUUACACGUACGUCGAUGUCCGUGACUGUGGAAAGUUGCAUGCUAUCGCCAUUGCUGAAGAAAGCUUCGGAGGUAAACGCACCAUUGCUGCAGCCGGUCCGACGAACAUCAAGGAAGUCGUGGACAAGUUGAAGAAGAGCUUCCCGAGCGCUAAACUGCCAGGCGGUCCGUCUCUCGAAGUGCCCGCGUCCAAGUGGAAUAUCGACAACGCAGUUGCGACGAGGGCACUUGAUAACGAAUGGAUCAGUGUGGAGGAUGCGGUUGUUGAGACUGCAAAGAGCGUCGGUUACUAG